AUGUUGAAUAAGCCAUGGCUCCCAGGUAAAGAUGAUCCACUAUUGAAAACUUUUAACCCAUCUUUAGAGGGUUUUAAGGUUUCCAAUGUGAUGAAAAUUGAUAGGAGGGAGUGGGAUGAGGAUGUAGUCAAAGAUCUAUUUGAUGAUAGAAGGGAUAAAGAAGGUAAUCAAGGGGAGGAACACUCAGGCUUUUGGAGACAACUCUGGCGAUUAAAGGUGCCUCCUAAAGUGAAGAAUCUUUUGUGGAGGGAAGUUUCAGGGUGCUUACCCACAAAAUCACAAUUGCAUUUGAAAGAUGUAGCUAUUGACUUGUACUGCCCUUCUUGUAAUGUGGUCAUGGAGUCUAUCUACCACAGCCUAGUUAGAUGCUCUUUUGCCCAAGAAGUUUGGGGCAUCUUGAUGUUGGAUGUGAAUGUAGGUGAUUUUGAGGUGUUUGACGUCUGGUUUGAAGCCAUUCUUCAAAGAUUUGAUCACCCCAGAGUGGAGAAGAUAGCAACUGUCUACUGGGCUCUUUGGGAGGCGAGAACCAAUGUGGUUUGGAAUAAAAAAGGAGUAACUGCAAUUGCUUUGGUUACAUCAGCUUUACUUUUGCCUUGA